AUGGCCUCGACGUCUCAAAGACCGAGUGGGUCACUUCCCAGGAAGCCUGAGAUCAACCCACGAGAGCAUUGCAAUGCUAUCACCCUGAUAAGUGGCAAGCAACUCGAAGAAGUCACUUCACCGGUGAUGGAAAAGGGGCAAAGCUCCAAAGGAAAAGAAGUCGUGAACGAAAAAGCUGAGGAAGUCUAUGUUCCUCCACCACCAAGACCUCUGUCCAUUCCUUUUCCAUCCCGCCUGAAAAAGCAUAAUGAAGACCGACAAUUCGCGAGAUUUACCGAGAUGUUGAAAAAGCUUGAGAUCACUAUGCCUUUCACAGAAGUCAUCCUACAGAUGUCGUCUUACACGAAAUUUCUCAAGGACAUACUCACGAAGAAGCGAGUCGUGGAAAAGGAGACAGUAUCACUCAACACCGAAUGCAGUGCGCUAAUUCAGCAUGAGUUGCUGCCUAAACGAGCCGACCCAGGAAGCUUCUCGAUACCCUGCAAAUUGGGUAAUGUCUCCAUUGAUAGGGCAUUAUGUGAUCUCAGAGCUAGUGUUAGCCUUCUCCCACUAUCGAUCUUCAAAAAGCUGAACGUGGGAGAGUUGAAGCCAACAAGAUGGCGCUCCAGCUUGCUGAUAGAUCGGUAA